AUAUUUUUGUUGGACCUGGCAACCCUGUUACAGACGCACAGGAGCCAUGGCGGGGAAUUCGAAGCCGCAGCAGCUGUCUGUGCGGGUUUACAGCGCCCUUCAGAGCAUUGGCUGCCCCCUGGUUGAUGGACUUUAUCUGACAGAAGCUGAUCAGAUGCAAGAGCUUCUGUGUACACCUUCAUUACAUCGCAUGGACAUCCUUAAAUGGAUCUGCAUCAGAAUAUGCCCCUUCCUGAGGGAGAAAUUCUCUACAAUCAAAUCGGAGCAGACUGAGGAGGUGGUCAAAGAAAUCACACGGUUUGGACAUGAAAUGAUGCUGUGUAAACCUGAUGAUCAGCAGCUAAUCCAGGGCCUUGCCACACCAUUACGGCAGCUUUUGUUUUUGGACGAGCUUCUAAUGAUUGCCCAAGAUAGUAAUGACACAUCGUCCAAAGAGAACUCCUCUGGAGAUGAUGGUGUAAGAAAUGAGGAUCUCCUGAAAGAGCUGAUGUCCCCUGACCACCUGUCUGACCUGGUACAGCUAAUGAAUCCUGUCUGCAACCCCUGGUCUGCACACAUCCGGGACCACCUGAGGGCUUUGCAGUCCACAUUGACUAAGACAAACAACACUAAAUCCAGUGACAUAAAUAACAGGACUCAUCAGCAUUUAGGCUUUGGCAAAAUUGAUGGCAAUGAUCUGACUAAAGCCAAAGAGCUACUGCAGUCCACUCAGACUGCUUUAGCAGAGCUACACAAAGAGUGUGAAUUUCUGCAUUCAGACCCUGCAGGCCCUGGAGCCUCACUGUCACCCUGUGCUCUGAAAUUGGCCAUAUCUGACAUGGCUCAGCUCAUGACCGCCUUUAGCCAUGUCUACCACACAGACUUCAAGGGUUACUGCCAGAGAGCGCCCCCUGUACUCGAUCCACAGGCACAUUUGUUCCAGUCUGUACAUCAGCUCCUGCACAACUGCAAUAUGGAGCUGGAGGCUCUGCAGCAGCUCUCAGAAACCUCGUCCUCACUGGCAGAGACAGUCAAACAUAGACAGACAGAAAAGAGAUACUGGGCCAAGGGAGAGAAGCACACACUACCUAAUCGGUUGGAGUCACUGAAGAACAGAUACGCUGCAUUUCUAAACCAUCACUAAUCAUAACAUGUUUUUCUAGCUUGAGAUUAUAAUGUAGUGUGACUUUUCAGAAGUUAUUGUCAAAUAUCAUUGUAUCUGCAGAUUACUAACUUGAGUAUGUAAAUAUUUUGUACUUUAAUUGCCGUAUUUUACUAAAAUGAAUUAUAAACAGCAUGCUGUAAAUAAAAGUGUGGUCAAUAUA